AUGACAGGGGCUUCGAACAGCAAAGGAUGUCGCAUGUGCGUGAACCGCAGAAUCAAGUGCGAUGAGACUAGGCCUCAAUGUCUGCGAUGCAUCAAGAGAGGUUGCGAAUGUCCGGGCUAUGAUCGUCACUUCAAGUUCCGCGACCAGACACAAGCUCUGCAGCAGCGAUACCGACGAGAGCCUCCGGGGCCCAGUAGAACCCCUCCAAGAGUGCAAAAGCAGAAACAGGCCCGGCCAACAGAACUAUCUGAACUGAUCAUCGACGAGGUCUUCGCUCCCGGUUUGACCUUUGCGGCGCUAGACAUCCAAACAAAGGAGCGGUUCAAUGACUUUCUUGAUUACUACUUUCCAGCGUAUUCAAUAUGGUCAUCCCGACUAGAGGUGGAUUGGAUGGAUUUUGUACGUCAACAGGGACUAACCUGUCCACAAGCGUUGAUUUGGGCAAUCCGAGCACUGAAUACCUUCCAUAUGGGAGUUGUGCGAGGUAACAAAGGAGUUAUCGCCUGCGGUCGACACAUGUAUGGUCGAGGAAUAAAGCAUCUUGCGUAUAUCCUGCAGACACCCGCUGCACUCACUGAUGAGACGCUAGCGGCUGCUAUUUUGCUUGGAGCAUACGAGAUGCUGGAUGAGAGCUGCAAGAAUUCCUGGGUACUCCACUGUGGCGGCGUCCGCCACCUUAUGUGUGCCCGUGGACCUGCUGCGCAUAAACAUGGUAUAGGUCGGACUCUUUUAUUUUGCUUUCGAAAUUUUCUGGCCAAAGAGGCUUUUAGGCAAGGAGAGUCAUGCUUUUUAGAGAACCCAGAAUGGUCAUUGACAGUCAAUGAGAGUUCCAGUACGGAAAAUGAGGGGAAUGAAUAUGACCUGGUCGAUCAUGCCGUGUUGUUCAUCUUCAACGAGAUAGUCAGAUGUCCAGGUUAUUAUGCAGCUACGCGCGCUAUUAUCCAAUCGCAAGAAAAUACUAAGCCCGCUGCCAUAGGCCAGUUAAUUGGGAGGAUGACUGGAACGAAAGCUCGGUUAACCAGGCUGCGCGCAAGGAUUGUUCUUGCUUCGAAAGAGGAUACAAUCACGACAUCUCUGGGAUCAUCUACAGAGAUGACUCCGUCGAAAUAUGCGAAGAUUAUUUCUAAGCAGCCCUGCAUUACUUAUGACUGUGCUCGAGCUACAUCAGAACAUCCGAUCGCGUAUUGA